UGACUUUGCUUGUGGGAUGAAGAACUUUUCAUUUUUCAUUUUCCAUCCUAGGGGAAAAGUUACGUGAUAGAUGCCCUGUUAACUACGGAUGGUACAUCUGGAAACGGUCAAUGGAGAAUUGACGACAAAAAUAUCACGAUACUUCACAUUCACGCGUAGCUGAGCUCGAGCCAAUAUGGGAAAGGAGUUUGGAAAUUUAGCCAAAAUCAAUGGCAUUGCCUACUUCCGGCUCAGUCCAUAUGAGCAGAAAGCCUUCAAGGGUAUGAUCACUGAAAGUGUACCAAAUCUGAUACGCCGUUUCCAGGGUAGCGUAUUUCGUGUUGCUCCUUUCUUCAUGUUCAGCUAUUUGCUGAUAAGCUGGUCAAAAGAACAGAAUGAAGCAAUUUCACGGAAGAACCCCAAGGAUUAUGAAAAUGACGUAUAAAAUAUAGGUGAAAAAAUCUCUAGUUUGGCACUUAGGUCAUCAUGAGAUCAAUAAAUUAAUCUUACUUUCUUUUAUGUGAAAGUAAAAAUAAUAUAUAUAACUACAUGUACUAGAAAUAUGUUCGACCCUUGUAUAAACCCACAUUGCUUUCCUCUUAUGAAAUACGCGAGUAACAAAUUUGAUUUCCAAGUCAUUAAUAUUUUAUGUUGAAUUACAGUCUGUUUCAGAAUAAUAUUUUAAGUUCUUAUUGUAUAAAUAUUCUUUCUCUUGUACAUGUAGUGCGAUUAUGAUUAUCUCUAUGAAAAAUGUAAAGUAUAUCUCUAAUAUAAGUGAUUGACAAUAAGUAGAACGAUGAACGGUAAAUACAUACUGCAUGUUAUGUAAAAA